GGAGUGAAGCUCAUAUACCAGCGAGGGUGCGGGGCGAACCACACACACCCAGCCCGGGAGCAGCCCCUCACUGUCCCCGCGCCGCGCUUCCUGCCGCGUGAUGUCCCCACGCCCUGCCAGCCCCGCCAUGGACUCGGUGUGUGGGCGCGAGUCGUCCGUGUCGCCACCCACAGUGGUGGCGCCCGUGGCCCUCAAGGCCUCGCCCCUGAACGACGGCCAUCAGCCCGCUACGCCGACGGAACAGCAACGGCUUCUGUACCAGCUGGCCCUGGCCGAGAGGCUGCGUCUGGCCUCAGCCGGCCUGGCCUGGGUCCGCCCGCCCCUCUCCGCCCACCUGCACGUUCCCCACCCGCACCACCCACAGGAGCCCAGCGUAGUGAGCAGCCUCAUGUAUGGGCCCUUCAUAGGCGGCAUGGGUGCCCCGCUGAUGGGUGGUUUUGGAGGGGCGGCAGCAGCAGCGGCAGCAGCAGCAGCCGGGUACCCGCCUAGCCACCCGCUGCACGCGUACGGCUACCGCCUGGUGGACCCGCGCAGCCUGCUGCCCCGCGGGCCCGAGGAGCCCAAGCCGCAGCACUCAUACAUCGGGCUGAUCGCCAUGGCCAUCCUGAGCAACCCGGACAAGAAGCUCGUGCUCAGCGACAUCUAUCAGUACAUCCUCGACAACUACGCCUACUUCCGCUCCCGUGGCCCCGGCUGGCGCAACUCCAUCCGCCACAAUCUAUCCCUCAACGACUGCUUCAUCAAGGCGGGCCGCUCCGCCAACGGCAAGGGCCACUACUGGGCCAUCCAUCCCGCCAACCUCGACGAUUUCAGCCGCGGCGACUUCCGCCGCCGCCGAGCUCAGCGCCGCGUCAGGAAGCAUCUCGGGCUACCCGUAGAUGACGACUCAGAGCCCGAGGCCUCCUCUCCGCCGCAUACCAGCGAGUCCCCCAACGGCGGCGGCCCACCGCGCCUCACCUCCACGCUGCACUUCAUCAGGCCCAAGCGACAGUUCGACGUGCUCAGCCUCCUGGCGCCCGACCAGCCGCCGAUCCUAAAGGAGGCGCCAGAGGUAGAGACAGAUACCGUCUGUUUAGAAAUCAAGUCUUCUUUGUGUGACGCGACGCGGCCCAUUCCCGCCACGGGCUGUGGCGAGGCCAGGCCCCGGGAAGCUCGACCCGACCACGACCACAGGCUAGAGCCAAAGCAGGAGCCUGGCAGCGGCCCACCUCCACAUGGCUCAAACCUGAGGCUGGUGUGCGUCCCCCGCCACCCUGGCCAGGAUCACAAGCCCCCAGAGGUGAGCAGCAGCAGCACCAACAACACCACCACCACGGGGAGCCAGGGUGACGCCAGACCGCGGGAGGCAGGCGAGAUCUCGAGACCCGUGCCCUUCCUUCAGGCCUACACCCUCCCCCCGCCUGCUAUCAAACACGUCCCCUGCUCCACUCCCUCCACCACAACUCCAGGUGCCGCCCACGUUCCACCCACGUCCUACCCACGUCCAUCGCUGCUCACCUGAGCCGCGCCGCCCAAGCUACACCCGUAACCUGCCGCCCCACUCAUCCCUCCAUCGCCCGUCUCACCUGCAUGGCCGCCCCCUGGGAAGGAGGACCAACCUGGUGCUGUCCACUCUUAGAAUCUCAUAAAGUAAACACUGAACUAU